CACAUCCUUCCAUAAUAACCCUCCAUUUCAUUCGUACUCGAAUCGAAUCACCAAUAUCUUUACCAAAUAAUUGGUCAAAUAAUGCCAAAGAGAUCUCAUGUUCAAUUUUGGAUUUCUUUCAUUUAAUCAUUCAGUAGCUCAUAUGCCGGCAUUUUUUUCAAAAUCUUCUCUAAAUUGCAGACGCAAAAUGGCAGAUUUUCAGCCGCUACUGAGCGAUCAUCAACAAGAUGACGAAGAAUUGCAGCACCAGCAACACCUGAUCGCUGCAGAGAAGAAAAUUGGUUGUAGAAUCGCUUCACUUGAUGUUUUUCGCGGACUGUCGAUCUUCCUUAUGGUGCUUGUGGAUUAUGCUGGCUCUAGUUUACCAGUUAUUGCUCAUGCCCCAUGGAAUGGCUUACACUUGGCAGAUUUUGUCAUGCCUAUGUUCCUUUUCACUGCUGGAGUAUCUCUUGCCAUUGUAUACAAGAAAAUUCCAAACAGAUACGAAGCAACGUGGAAAGCAAUAGCAAGAGCAAUGAAACUUUUUCUUCUUGGUGUUUUUCUUCAAGGUGGUUACCUACAUGGGAUUACUUCAUUAACAUAUGGAGUUGAUGUUGAGAAAAUACGCCUGCUUGGCAUCCUACAGAGGAUAGCAAUUGGAUACAUUGUUGCAGCACUGUUUGAAAUUUGGAUUCCCCGUAAAACCUACAAGAAAGAGCCAUUCUUCAGGGUUUAUAUUUGGCACUGGUGUGGUGUAAUUUUGUUGUUGGCCAUCUACAUGGGAUUGACAUAUGGGUUGUACGUUGCAGAUUGGCAAUUCAAGGACUUGCAUUCAUUAUCCUCUUUAAUUUCUGAAAAUGGAAGUACAAUCCGUACUGUGACAUGCUCUGUUAGAGGUGAUCUUGGGCCUGCUUGCAAUGCUGCUGGAAUGAUAGACAGAUAUAUUCUUGGCAUUGAUCAUUUAUAUCAAAAGCCUGCUUACAGAAACCUCAAGGAAUGUAAUAUAUCUAAGAGUGGUCAAGUUUCAGAAUCUUCACCUUCAUGGUGCUAUGCCCCUUUUGAACCCGAAGGCAUCUUAAGUUCCUUAACAGCUUCUUUGGCCUGCAUAAUUGGUCUUCAAUAUGGUCAUAUUUUGAUCGAAUUACAGGGGCAUAAAGAUCGACUUUGCAACUGGUCCCUCCUCUCAGCUUCAUUUCUAAUUCUUGGAUCCAUACUUGCUCUCAUAGGUAUUCCUUUGAACAAGGGCUUGUACACAUUGAGUUACCUUCUGGUAACUUCAGCAGCAUCAGGACUCACAUUUUGUGCAUUAUAUUUACUGGUGGAUGUAUACAGAUGGAGGCGUACAGAUUCUACUGGAAGUCUCCUCACAAUAACAUUAUCUACUGGAUUGUAUCACACAUUGUGCAAAAGUAGCGUAUGCACAUUGGUAACUGUUUUCUUAGGAUUUAAUGGAGUCUCCAUUUUUGCAAUUUAUUGGAAUGGUUGGAGGGGUGUAAACACUUGAAAGAUGAUUUGAUUGAAGAUUAAAAACAAUGACGAUAUCAUUUAUAGCAUGUCCAGUGUACUUUAGAUUAAACUCCAUUAGCCAAUUUGACGACAGACUAACAAUAAACAUGUAAUUCCUAGUUUAUAGAAGUUAUGAAAUGGUUACUCUUAUCAUUCCUAGAGGUCCACAUGACUACAUGGGUCAUAUAGGAUUGGGUGUAACCCGAUUAUGAUCGAGUGUUUCCAAACCAGAUUAUCCGGUUUUGUAUUUUUUUGCAAAUGGAAAUUUAACUCCAGCCCAAUAUAUGUUUUUAUUAUA